AUGAGUAACAACGUACCAUCAACAUCACUCGUCUGCUUUAUUGUAUGUGAUGGUGGACCAGCUGCUCAUUUCGCGGCUUUUGCUACGAAUCUUUUCCAUCAAAAUGAAUUACAAAUCAUCAUAUAUGCAACUGGACCGGCUCUAACUAAACUAAAAGAUUCACAUCUGCCUAAUGAUAUUCAACUUCUUUCAUUUUCAAUUGAAAAUUUCGAUCAUGAACAACAAGAACAAGUAGCUACACAAUUGAUUGAUAAUUGUUUGAAACAAGGUACACGUACUAUUAUUGUUGACAUUGGUAAUAAAUUUGAUAGAAUAUUUCAAGCGGUUUCAUCGAAACGAAAUAUUCCUAAUGAUAUAAUUCAUUUCUGGUGUUAUUAUGAUAAUCCAGAACCAUAUGUACCCGGUGGUUACUCAAUUAAAACAGAAGAAACAAUCAAAUCAUCACAAUACAUUCUAUUCGCGAAUAUAAAUUUAGCCAAAAGUAAUUCGAUUAUAUAUUCAUUACCUGAAAAACGUAUCGAUUUAACAAAUAAGAUUGUUGAAGGUAUUGGUUAUUAUCCAGUUAUAGAAGUUGAAAAAUUAUUACAACAGCGUGAAAUUGAAAAAGAUUCUUUACGAGCACAUUAUGGUUGGACCAAUAUUCAACAUCUAUUUGUAUAUUUCGGUGGAAAUAAUGAUACUUAUUUUGAUCAAGCAUUUCCGACUUUUCUAUCAAAUCUUUCACAUAUAGAUAAGAAUAUAGUUCAAGAUGUUUUAUUCUUACUUCAUCAACAUCCUGCUGCAAAAAAACAGAAUCGAGAUGGUCUUUUAUUUCAAGAAUGUCUAUCAAAAAAUAAUCAUAUUCAAGGUAUUAUAUCAACAUUAAGAACAAGUGAUCAAGCACAAAUAGUUGCUGAUGCUGCUUUAUAUUAUCAAACAAGUAUGGCACCACAAUUCGUUCUUCUCGGAUUACCAACAAUGCAAGUAGGACAUGAAACUUACCAUGAUGUUUUAGUUAAAUUCAAUUUGUGUUAUACAGCUACUAAUGCAACUGAAUUAGUUGUUGGAUUAACACAAAUGAAAGAAAGAAGUGAAUUAUCGGACAAAACUCAACAACGAAAAGAAUUGAUUUAUAAUGCUAUUGGAUAUACACCUGAUUGGCCAAAUAAUCUUCAUCGUAUUAUCUUUGAUUAUAAAUGA